AAGUGUUACACAGAGAAACCCUGUCUUAAAAACAAACAAAACCACCAACAAAAAAAGGCGGGGGGGGGGUAUCUCUGGUCCAGAGUCCUUUGGCUCCUGGUUUGAAUUUAGAGAUGAAACUUGCGGUAAUUGAGUGGCAGUGGGGAAGUCUCAGGGCUGGAAGUGGCUUGAGUGUUCUCAUCUGCCCAGGCACCUGCUGGGAUGACUCAGAAAACAAAAAUGGCCUAUCUUCUUUGAGUUUCUUACCCCUGGGGCAGUUCAGGAUUUGAGGAGCAACAGGCACCGGAAAAGGUAUUGAGUAGGGAGUGACCCUGGGGGCAUUUGAUGCUCAAACUUGAUCCCACCAAGGAAAGGAAUUUGCUUCAAAUUGCUGAUAAAAAGUUGACAAUUUAGCCAUUGGGGCCAUUAGGCAUGACAUCCAGACCUUGGGUGGAGAGGGGGCGUGGUGCCCCAGGGGAGGUGUCUGGGCUGCUAAGAUUGGGACACCUGAGUUUGUGUGUGUCAGGACAGCACAGCCUCUGGGAGGGAUUGGGGGAGGAGUCGGACUUUCAGAGCCGUUUCCACCGAGACUGAGCAGGUGGGGAAGUUCUGUGGCACCUGGGUUCCCUCCCGGCAGCUGUGGGAGCUUUGGAAACCAAGAACCUCACUGAGUUGCAGCCUCCACGGAAGACUCCGUCCCGCCCCAGCAGAGGGUAGGGAGAGGGACUGGCAGUAGCUAGACUUGAGAGAACACAACCUCUUCAGGACAGGGGUGACAGACAAGGAUUCGGCAUUCAGCUUUCCAGAGGUGACGAAUCCACUCCUGGGAGCAAAGGUUCGAGUCAAGGACUCUGGAAGAUACUUAAGUACCCAGACUUUCAGAGUUCACUCUUCACUCUGGGAGGAGGGCAUUCAAGACGCCCUCUUAAAGACGCUUUACUUUCAACCCAUGGCGCUGCCCGGCUCCUCACAAGCCCAGACUUGGAGCUUGGAGCAUCCGGUUCCCACAGCCUCUUUGUCCUUGCGACCUCAGGAGCAGGAGGGUGCCGGGAGACCAGGAGCGUCUGGGGGGCUUCCGCUGGAGAAGGUGAAGCGGCCCAUGAACGCCUUCAUGGUAUGGAGCUCUGUUCAGCGCCGCCAGAUGGCGCAGCAGAACCCCAAGAUGCACAACUCAGAGAUCUCGAAGCGCCUGGGCGCACAGUGGAAGCUGCUGGACGACGAAGAGAAGCGUCCCUUCGUGGAGGAGGCCAAGCGUCUACGAGCCCGUCACUUACGCGACUACCCCGACUACAAGUACCGGCCUCGGCGCAAGAGCAAGAACUCGGGCACCGGGUCUGUCCACUUCUGCCAGGGAGGAGGCAGCCUGGCCUGUGGUGGCCCGCACUGGGGGCCAGGGUACACAACUACCCAAGGGAGCAGAGGCUUUGGGUACCAGCCUCCCAACUAUUCAACAGCCUACUUGCCUGGCAGUUACACCUCUUCCCAUUGUAGACCGGAGGCCCCCUCGCCAUGCUCCCUCCCUCAGAGUGAUCCUAGGCUCCAGGGGGAGCUAAUGCCCUCUUUUCCCACCUACUUAUCCCCAGGCUCUACCACUCCAUACAGUACUUCCCUUGCUGGUGCCCCAUGUCUGUAACCCACCUUUAACUGGCAGAGAUAUCUGGGGCCAACCCCACAGACCCAUCCCUUUCCAGUUCGGAGGCCUACAAGUCUCCCAAGAAAGCAGAAUGCACAGAUCCAUACUAAACACGAUUUUGUACAAUGAAA